AUAUUCUGGCUCUCGUUCGUGCGUUUAGUCGUGUUUUCCGGCCACAAAAGACACAAGAAGCGACACUUUGUGUGCCGCCACGUUGUUUCACGCCUUGGACAUUGAGUGAGUGUGCUGGCAAGUGUGGGAAAAGCCCAGUGAAGAGUUUGGAAUGACGUCUGCGAGGGUGGAAAGGCGCGACUGAAUUGAAGCAGCCGGAGACAUUUGCUUUUUGUUUGCAAGCGAUCGCUUCUCACGGUUUUUCCGCCGUGAAAACCCCCUUUCGAAGACAGGCGAAGUGAGAGGAGAAUCAUGUCCAAUAUUGUGUUGGAUAAGGACUCCUUCUUCCGCAGGAUUAGGAGGAUUUACAGCGCUUGGAAGGACGGCUCUAUCAAGCACGAUGAUGCCCUCACGAAGGUGGACUGCAUCAUGUCAGCGGUGGGCGUGGAUGAGGACACGGUGUAUUUGAAAUCAACGGCACUUCAGACGUGGCUGCUGGGGUAUGAGCUGACAGACACGGUCAGUGUUUUCACGCAGGAGACGAUUUACUUUCUGGCCAGCAAGAAGAAGAUCGACUUCCUGAAGCAGAUUGAGAACACGAAGGAGGAAGGUGUGCCCCCAGUGAAAUUGCUCAUUAGAGAUCGGACCGAUCAGGAUAAGGCAAACUUUGCUAAGCUCGUCGAGGCGAUCCGGAAGUCGAAGAAUGGGAAGACUUUGGGUGUUUUCCUGAAAGAUGUGUGCGGCGGUGACUUCUGUGAGGCCUGGAGGGCCGCCCUGAAGAAUGAGAAUUUCGACGAGGUGGACAUUGGAGCGGCGAUGGGGUAUUUGAUGUGUCCCAAAGAGGAUUCAGAGGUGUCAAUCAUCAGAAAAGCCUGCGUCGCCUCUGUGGAUCUCUUCAACAAGUACCUCAAGGAUCAGAUUAUGGAAAUUAUUGACUCGGACAAGAAAGUGAAGCACACAAAGCUCGCCGAGGGUGUGGAAACUGCGCUCACGGACAAGAAGUACGUAACAAAUGUGGAUACAUCGCAGCUCGACGUCUGCUAUCCACCCAUUAUACAGUCCGGAGGGAAUUACAGUCUCAAGUACAGCGCCCUGAGUGACAAGAACUACCUGCAUUUUGGCGCAAUUGUGUGCUCUUUGGGCGCCAGAUACAAAUCUUACUGUUCGAACAUCACGCGUACGCUGCUCGUGAAUCCAUCGGAUGCCGUUCAGACCAACUACAACUUCUUGGUGGACUUGGAGGAGGAGGUACUGAAGAAAAUGACUCCGGGCGAGAAGCUGUGCGACAUCUAUGAAGCCGGACUGUCAUUUGCGCAGAAGACAAAGCCAAGCCUUGUGGAGAACCUCGUGAAGACGUUCGGCUUUGCGAUGGGCAUUGAAUUUCGUGAGAGUUCCAUCAUGAUUGGACCCAAGUGUUCGGCUAUUCUGAAGAAGGGAAUGGUUUUCAAUGUGAACAUUGGCCUGGCCAAUUUGGCGAACAAAGAGGCGACGGACAAGGAGGGAAAGACGUAUGCUCUCUUCAUAGGUGACACGGUGUUGGUGAAUGAGGAGCAGCCAGUGACAAUGCUGACGAAUAGCAAGAAGAAGAUCAAGAACAUUGGCAUAUUCCUGAAGGAUGACGAAGAGGACGAUGAUGAUGAGGAGGAAAAGAGCUCAGAGAAGGCGCCUGAGAUUCUGGGCCGUGGAAAAAGAUCGACAGUAUUAGAGAAUAAGUUGAGAUCUGAGCACAGUGCAGAGGAGAAGCGGAAGCAGCACCAGAAGGAGCUCGCUCAGGCGCUGAAUGAGAAGGCGAAGGAGCGUCUGGCCAAGCAGGGUGGCGCCAAGGAGACGGAGAAGGUGCGCAAGUCAACGAUAUCGUACAAGAGACCAGAGCAAAUGCCAAGGGAGUCCGAAGUGAAGGAGCUGAAGCUGUUUGUGGACAAGAACUACGAGACUGUCAUCAUGCCGAUCUUCGGGAUUCCCGUGCCCUUUCACAUCUCCACAAUCAAGAACAUUUCGCAGAGUGUUGAGGGUGAUUACACAUACUUGCGUAUCAACUUUUUCCACCCUGGCGCCACGAUGGGGCGCAAUGAGGGCAAUCUGUACUUCCAGCCGGAUGCCACGUUCCUCAAGGAAGUGACAUAUCGCAGCACGAACACAAAGGAGCCGGGCGAAAUCUCAGCGCCGUCGUCGAAUCUCAACACAGCCUUCCGGCUGAUCAAGGAAGUGCAGAAGCGUUUCAAGACACGCGAGGCGGAGGAGCGCGAGAAAGAGGAUCUUGUGAAGCAGGACACACUGAUUUUGUCACAGAACAAGGGCAAUCCCAAGCUCAAGGACCUCUAUAUUCGUCCCAACAUCGUCACGAAGAGAAUGACAGGCGCUCUGGAGGCACACACAAAUGGUUUCCGAUACACUUCUGUGCGCGGAGACAAAGUGGAUAUUCUCUAUAAUAACAUCAAGAGCGCCUUCUUCCAGCCGUGCGACGGUGAGAUGAUCAUCCUACUGCACUUCCACCUCAAGCACGCCAUCAUGUUUGGCAAGAAGAAGCACAUUGAUGUGCAGUUCUACACGGAAGUGGGUGAAAUUACGACGGAUCUGGGAAAGCAUCAGCACAUGCAUGAUCGCGACGAUUUGGCGGCAGAACAGGCGGAGCGUGAGUUGCGUCACAAGCUGAAGACGGCCUUCAAGAGCUUCUGCGAGAAGGUCGAGGCCAUGACGAAGCAGAGUGUGGAGUUUGACACGCCAUUCCGGGAACUGGGCUUCCCAGGAGCGCCAUUCCGCAGCACAGUGCUUCUGCAGCCGACGUCCGGGAGUCUGGUGAAUCUAACUGAGUGGCCACCAUUUGUUAUUCCGCUGGAGGAUGUGGAGUUGGUUCACUUUGAGCGUGUGCAGUUUCAUCUGCGCAACUUUGACAUGAUCUUCGUGUUCAAAGAUUAUGCGAAGAAGGUGGCGAUGGUCAAUGCUAUUCCCAUGAAUAUGCUGGAUCACGUGAAGGAGUGGCUAAACUCAUGCGAUAUUCGGUAUUCUGAGGGAAUUCAGUCGCUGAACUGGGCUAAAAUCAUGAAGACCAUUGUUGAUGAUCCCGAGGGAUUCUUCGAGAAUGGCGGCUGGACUUUCCUCGAUCCGGAAUCCGAUGGUGAAGAGGAGAAUGGCGAUGAUAGUGAUGAAUCCGAGGAGGAUGAAGUGUACGAGCCCUCAAAUGCUGAAUCUGAAGAGGAAUCCGAUGAUGAUUCUGACUACUCUGAAGCUUCUGAGGACGGAAGUGAUGAGAGUGAAGAAGAAUUGGGAUCUGAUGAAGAGUCGGGCAAAGACUGGUCUGAUCUUGAGCGUGAGGCCGCAGAAGAGGACAAGAACAAUGCGUACAGAGAUGAGGAAAGAGGUGUAAAGCAGCCGGCGAAGCGCGAUCGCGGACGUGAUUUUGAUAAACACAAGUCAAGCAGCAAGCACAGACGAGAACUGCAUUCGAAGAAUAAAAAGAAGAGCAAUAGGCCGGAUUAUAGUCACUCCUCAUCUAAGAGCAAGAGCGGAAGUGGAAGCAGUGACAAACACCACCGAGAUCGCCAUCAUGAGAGCAAGAAGCGGUCUAGGGAUGAUAGUCGCGAUAGUGGGCAUCACAGGAGUUCCAAAAAGUCCAGGAAGUGAAGAGAUUUGCAGCGAGGCAGAAUUUAUGGAGAGAUGAAGAAGAGAGAGAGAAAGAGAAAUUAGGAGGAGUAUUUUAAGAUAGGAUUAUAAUGAAUUCCAUUCAGUUGAUUUUAUGUCUCACGACCUAUUCUUUCGUAAAUCUGUGGGAAUGAGAGAUUGCGGGAAAGUGGACUCGCCAGAUUUUGUUUUCUCCUGUUUUUCAUUGAAGGAGAAGUUGAUGUUAGGAAAAGUGGAUGGCAAGUGUGAGCGAACACGAUUUUCAGUUGAAUUAAGAUUACGAGAAGAGGAAUAAUAAAACUUUGUAUAA